CACUUUCCAUCCCUCCUCCCUUUUCCUUUCUUUCAUUCAUUCAUUUCUCUCUCUCUCUCUUUCUCCCAUCCUCCCCCAGCCUGUGCUUCCCUGCAGUUGGUUGGGGCUGCGCAAGACACAGCACGCGGCAGGUAAGGAAAGAGUUAAGCCAGUUGAGAGCCGACUUUUCGUGUCAGGAAAGAUUUUGUGCUGCCUUUAAUCUAUCAGUCCUGUACAUCACACACAUACACACAGCCGUGCGUGCACCCACACAUACACACACUCUCUGUCUCUCUCUCUGUCUCUCUUCUUCUUUCCCAGGGAGAGAAGGACCAAACAGCUGGGAGAGAAAAAAUUCCUACAUCCAAGGAGAUUCAGAGGUUCCAGGCCUCUGGCAUCUUCUCAAGCAUUCAAAACCUGACAACACACUUGUACAAUUCAUUUCGCUCUCUCUUUUUUAAAACAGCUCCCCCCUUUCUUCCCCCUUCUUCCUCUGGCGGGGGGACAGAGACUUAAUUUUAAGAUAUGUGUACAUAAGCCAUGAGCACAGUUUUCGGUGCAUUGCAUUCACUCAUCUGCCAGACAAGGGGAAAAAAGCUCUUGAAUUCUAGUGGGAAGCCUUACUUAUUUUUGUAUGAGAGUGAGUGUGAAACUUUUUCUCCCCUUUUUCUGGAGCGAAAGGAUAUCCCCUCCUCCCUUUCCCUUUUUUCCCCCUCUUGUUAGUUUGGGAGAAGAAGAGAGAAUCAUGGAACUGAACAGAAGGCGGAAAUGUGACCAAAAUGCUGUCUAACACCACUGAAUCUACUUCUACGGAGAAUUCUGCUGUUGGGAAGGCAGACUGGCUUGGAAUUUGUUGUUUUUUUCAAAGUAAAAAUUCCAUUUUCUUUUCUUUUUUGGGAUUUAUAAAUAUAUUUUGGUCUUGAAACGGGAGAAGCAUCUCAGCUUGGAUUGGCCAGCCUAUUUCCCAAGGGACGCGUCUGGAAUAGAAGAUUGAAGAUUUCAAUAUUAUCUUUUGGGUGUUUUUUACUUGAAGCAAAAACACUGGUGGCCAACCCGGUCUGUUUGGCGGAUUCCCCAGCCACUUUUGGAUUCCCUAAAUGCCUCCCCACUAGGGAUCAAGAGGUGGUGGGGGGAGAGUUCAGAAAACAGAAAACAACUGACAAAAACCUUCCCAUCUCUUUGGAUUCGUCACCAGUAUAGGAUUUUGCUCUUUUGCCCUUCAGAAACCAAACUUUUGCUUUGCUUCCCUCCUUCCCCCACCUCCCUAGAAGCCCCCAACCUUCUUACCCUCUUGUUUCGCCUGGAGAAGAUGUACGAAAGUGUGGAUGUAGCGGGUUUAAGCAGCAGUCCUAAUCCCUUCUUCAUGAUGGAUUUUUACAACCAGAACCGUGCCUGCUUGAUCCAGGACAAAGGACCCAGGAACCCUAAUCCUUACAGCACCCCUCUCCGUAACCAGCAUUGGAACAGUUCCAACCACUCCAUUGAAACACAGAGUACCAGCUCAGAAGAGAUCGUGCCCAGCCCUCCUUCACCACCCCCAUUGCCCCGAAUCUACAAACCCUGCUUCGUGUGCCAGGAUAAAUCCUCUGGUUACCACUAUGGUGUCAGCGCCUGUGAAGGAUGCAAGGGUUUUUUCCGCCGCAGCAUCCAGAAGAAUAUGGUGUACACCUGUCACCGCGACAAGAAUUGCAUCAUCAACAAAGUGACGCGAAACCGUUGUCAGUACUGCCGCCUGCAGAAGUGCUUUGAAGUUGGCAUGUCCAAGGAAUCUGUCCGGAAUGACAGAAACAAGAAGAAGAAAGAUGCUCCGAAGCAGGAAUGUUCAGAGAGCUACAUCAUCACGCCUGAGGUAGAAGAUCUCAUUGAGAAAGUUCGCAAGGCCCAUCAGGAGACUUUCCCUGCCCUCUGCCAGUUGGGCAAGUAUACCACGAAUAACAGUUCAGAUCAGCGGGUGUCUCUCGACAUAGACCUGUGGGACAAAUUCAGUGAACUGUCCACAAAGUGCAUAAUCAAGACGGUUGAAUUCGCCAAGCAGUUGCCAGGUUUCACCACGCUCACCAUCGCUGAUCAGAUCACGCUUCUCAAAGCUGCCUGCUUAGACAUCCUGAUCCUUCGGAUAUGUACGCGCUACACCCCAGAUCAAGACACCAUGACCUUCUCAGAUGGCCUGACACUCAACCGUACACAGAUGCAUAAUGCAGGCUUUGGGCCCCUCACAGAUCUGGUCUUUGCCUUUGCCAACCAGCUGCUGCCACUUGAGAUGGAUGAUGCCGAAACAGGACUCCUCAGCGCCAUAUGCCUCAUAUGUGGGGAUCGGCAGGACUUGGAACAGCCGGACCGAGUGGAUAAGUUGCAGGAGCCACUUUUGGAGGCCCUGAAAAUCUAUGUGAGGAAGAGACGACCUAGCAAACCCCAUAUGUUCCCCAAAAUGCUGAUGAAGAUCACAGACCUACGAAGCAUCAGUGCAAAGGGUGCUGAAAGAGUGAUUACAUUGAAGAUGGAGAUCCCUGGAUCUAUGCCGCCACUCAUCCAGGAGAUGCUGGAGAACUCUGAAGGCAUGGACACUUUGGGGACCUCGACGGGAGCCUCGUCCCGUAUAGGCAGCUUAGCCCCACCUCCUGGCAGCUGCAGUCCCAGCCUUUCUCCCAGCUCCAACAGAAGUAGCCCUGCCACACAUUCGCCGUGACCCCACUGGCCACCAGGACAAGCUGCUUGACCACCCCCUUCCCUGCGCACUUUGGUCUUUUGUUCCCUGGCUAUGCCUGGACAAACGUCUGAGGAGCAGGGGUGGGGCAAAGUGGGGAAGCCAUGGGACAGCAUGCCGCUGGAAGCGAUCUCCUCUGUCCCCACCCUCUCUGCGCCAUAUGGGUCAUGGUAGGCCCACAGAGGUGGGCCUCACAUACUGUUCCAAACCAGCACACUUAUCUUUUGUUCAACCGUUCCAGCAAAAGAAGGGUUCUGCUUGCAACAGAGAUCCAUUCUCCCACCGGGGAGGCAUAGGUCGUAUACAGGAAGUUCCGAACUCUCUGCACACAGGUCGCUGAGCCGAUCUGGAGGACAGAUGCUCAAAACGAGGAGCGAGACUUUACAUAUAUAUAUAAAUAUAUAUAUAUUAAAAACAAACAAACAGCUGAUUACAGAAAAAAAAAUCACCUCCUAUGUGGCACGCACCCUCCCACUGUCCCCUUCAUCCUGUCGUGCACACAUACACACCUCCACAAAGGGGGUUGCCUGCUUCUUGUUGCAGUGAAAAUGAAGUGGUGUUCUUUCCCCACCCCCAACCCUUUCUCUUUCUCUAUUUUUUGGAUUGAGUUUGCAUUUCAAAUGUUUCAGGGGAAAGGGUGUAAUGUUUCCUGUUUUGUUUUUUAAUUGCUCAGACACCCCCCCUUUAUUGUCCUCAACUUGACCGUGCAAAGUUACCUUUUCCCUCCUUCCCUUGUCUCUCCCCCUCCUUAUCCACCCACACAUGCCUAAAAAUGUCACCAGCAAAUAAUAAUAAUAAUAAUAAAAAGUAAAAUUAGUUCUUCAGGUUAAGAAAAAAGUACACAUAGAACAAGGAGGGAAGGAUUCAUUUAAGAAAGAAGAAAUAUUAUAUAUAUAAAUAUCUAUAAAUAUCUAUAAAUACAUUUUAAAAGAAAA